UAUUCAUUUUGCAAAAACAACAGUAGUUAAACCGUGAUUAACAUAACAUUGGCUCAGUAUUACGGAAGCUUAUUUCCACCACUGAAUAAAAAAAAAAAAAAAAAUUGCGAGAAGAACAAUUCUGACUUUUUUUUUUUUCCCACAAUUUCAAGUUAUAAAGUUACAAUUGCAGGAUAAACUCAAAAUUGCAAGAAAGUCAGAAUUGCGAGUUAUAAACUCACAAUUGUAGAUUAUAAACUCUGUUGCGAGAAGCAAAGUCAGGAUUGCAAGAAAUAAAGUCAGGAAUGCGAGUUAUAAAUUCAAAAUUGCAGGUUAUAUACUCAAUUGCAAGAAAUAAAGUCAGGAUUGCGAGUUAUAAACUCAAAAUUGCGAGAAAUAAAGUCAGGAUUGCGAGUUAUAAACUCAAAAUUGCAGGUUGUAAACUCUCAAUUGCAAGAAAAUGUCAGAAUUGUGAGUUAUAAACUCAGUUGCGAGUUUUAAACUCAACUGCAGGAUAUAAAUUCACAAUUGCAAGAAAUAAAGUCAGAAUUACAAGUUAUAAACUUCUGACUUUUUCUCGCAAUUGUGAGUUUAUAUCUUCAGAAUUGUGAUAGAAACUCGCAUUUGCGAGUCAUAAAGCCAGAAUUGUAAGAUAAAAAGUUGCAAUUACCUUUUUAUUUUUUAUUCAGUGGUGGAAACAAGCUUCCAUACGGUAUGGCUGGCUACCAAACUAGUAUUUAUGCCAUGUGUGCAAUAUUCUGUGCAUGGCAUGCGUCUGUUUUGUAAACAUGGAAUAGCUAAUUUGCCAAACCAGUAUAUCAUAGUGUAAUACGCUUGACAUUGCAGUUCCAGUAUGAUGCAUGAACCAGAAGUAAAAUCAACUGUUUUAUUUCUGACAUAAUUGGACACUAUUUGCCUAAUUAAACAUGCCUUGUGAUAAUGUAGCAUAGUACUUUGAUACGAAUAACACAUGCUAUUUCCCAUACCAUGCAGACUGCAGAGUAUAUUCUGCGCUAGUACUCCAUUUCAAAACAAGUCAUGCUGCAUGGAUUUUUUGUCCAAUUGUUCACUUUUUUUCACCUUUAGUCACAUGUUGAAUCUUUCCUUUUUGGAGUAUUUUUAGAAAUCAUAAAAGAAACGUGGUUCUAGGUGCACAUGUAAUUUUAAUAACGUUGGUCAAAUAUCUUUAAAUCUCAUUAGCUACACACUGCCAACAGCCUUUGGGUUAAUUACACGAAUAGAGUUUCAAUCGAUCAUUUAUCACUGCUAUGAACUAUAUCCUUGACCCUAUUAUGGCAGUGUCAAAAGGUCUUGAUUGUUCUUGAAUAAUUAAGGAUUAAAGGUUAGAUUAUUACUGUAACUAAUAUGCACACUGCUGGCACCAGUUUCCAUCACUAAACACACCUCACCAUGAUACACGUCAAAGAUUUAACAUGGUGUAAGAUGCCCCUUGGGGUUUCUUUUGAGAUCUUUAACAUGCUUAACUGUAAGACUACACGUCCUGUUUCUAAAGUGAUGGGACCGUUGAAUGAAAUAUUCAGUAUGUACCAAGUACUCUUGUUUCUUGAGUGAUGCAAUGUGCUUUGCGGAUAAAUCAAGUCCAUGUCAUAGAGACUCAAGCAGGGUUGCAUGCAGGACACUCUUUGCUUUAGAUCUAAAUCAGAAUUUCAAGCUUUGUUAAUAGUUGAACACGAAUCAAGGGUGUCAGACUUACCUCAUUUGUAAGUGGCUUUAGAUUAAAGCAUCUGUUAAAUGAUUAAAUGUAGAAGUAGUGUUAAGUUUUUAAGCAAAGGGUUAGGGUAAAAAUCUAAUAGAGUUUGAACAUAAAUUGAAUUAUGUAGAGGAAAAUGUGCUGUUUGAUAUUAGUGGCACGUUUCUACUCAAAUAGUGGCUCCAUAUUCUUGAAGACGGAUUUGAGCAGUUUGUGGUAAGUACAAUUAGAUCUAUAAUUCUUUAAGCAUGAAUGAAUGUCUUGGAAAUGCGAUCUGUACACAGCUGGCCAGGAAGAAUGUUGACCGACUUAAUAAUGAACUCCGACUAUGAUUGUGUGAAAUGAUAAACGGAUUAAAGGAUUUAGCUCUUUAUGUAAUUUGAGUACUCAUGCCAAGCCACAAAUCCUUGUAGAUCUCAGACUGCAAGCUGUUUGAAAAUUAAUUAUAAAUUUACAGGAAUAUACCAGUUGACUUUAUUUUCUUUCCGCUCAGCCAGACGAUCCUGCGCUGAGAACGAGCGAGACGAGUGUUUGUUGAUCUGGUAUACCUCUACAAACUUUUUCCUUUUUUUAAUGGAGUCUCUUUGAGCUCAAGUUGAAGAUGCUCUGCGUCAUAUUUUUACCCAUCACGUUACUAGUUGCUGGGGGCUCAAAGCUCUGCCCUCAUCAGUGUUCUUGUUAUGAAGCAUCUGAGCUGGUGGACUGUCGAUCGCGAGGUUUCACUCACAUUCCCCACAGUAUUCCACACGGCACGUGGCUCCUGGACCUCAGUGGGAAUAAGUUGUCGGAGUUGAGGAGUACCUCUUUUACUGGGAUAUGGGCCCUCCGGGUCCUCCUGCUUUCACAAAGCAACAUGCAGGUGGUGCAUUCUCAGGCUCUUUCCUCUCUGACCUUCCUGGAAAAGUUGGACCUGUCUUACAAUGAGCUUCACGUCCUUCCUCCAGAUUUCUCUCAAGGGUUGACCUCCCUUAAAGAUCUCAAGCUUUCCCACAAUGCUCUGGAGCGUCUUGAGACCCACUCAUUCAAGGACCUAGAAAGUCUGGAGAGGUUAGAUCUCAGUCACAACCACAUUCAGGUCAUUGAAGUUGGGGCAUUUCGUGGACUUAUCAUGCUAAGGCACCUUAACCUGGCAUGGAAUCAAUUGACGGUUCUUCAAGGAGGUCUUCUGACCAUGCAACAAGGUCUUGGGGUUCUUCUCUUGGACCACAAUAAUGUCUCCAAAAUUGAAGCGGAAGCUCUGGCUCCCCUACAAACCCUCACCAUACUGAACUUAGAAGCCAACCAGUUGAGAAGCCUUAAGUUCAAGACAUUCUUAAACCUUCAGACACCCAGCACACAUCUGCAGAUGUCAGAGAACCCUUGGACGUGUGACUGCGAACUGCAUCGUGUUUUCAGUAAGAUACUCUACGUCAGGCAUCUCCACGUGGAUGAUUACAUGAAUAUCACGUGCCACUCUCCGCUCUUACUGGCUGGAGCGUCUCUGGGUUUGAUGCACAGUCAGCUGUGUAUCGCAGAAACAGCCACUGUUCUGAUCAUUACCGGAACUGUGAUGGUCACUGUAGUGGCGGCCAUGGUUAUGGCAGAACGGAAGCGAAAGAAGAAAAAGAUGAACCUGGAAAAACAAGGAAACGAGCCUAUGCCUUGGGUGUCUCACAAAUGAAGAAGGGAGGAAAAGUCAACAGAUAUUAGAAAUACAAUCUUUUUUUACGAUAUUAGACCAGGUCUUUGUUUUUGUGCAUGUAGCAAGGCCUGAAAUAAGGUCUGUAAACACAAGUUCAAGUUAUUUUCACAUUUUAAUCUGUGACACAAAAUACAUCAGUAAUACCCCCUUGUGAAGAGGCUAAAUGGGACUAUUGAAGUUGUUGGGGAAAUUAAACUUCAAACCAAACAGUUAAACUCAUCUACUCACUAGUCACUUUCACAACCUCUUGGUUUUAAUAAUCACUCUCUUGUGAAUUAUUCUGUCUCAAACUGUCAGGGAAAAUGUUUUUAAAAUAAAGACCGAAAGAGUUGUGGGAGUGAAGAAUAAAAAAUAAAAAAGGUAAUUGUGACUUUAUCUCACAAUUCUGACUUUUUUCUCGCAAUUGGGAGUUAACAAUUCUAACUUUUUUUCUCAGAAUUGCGUGAAAUAAACUUGCAAUUGUAAGUUAUAAAGUCCAAAUUAUGUGAUAUAGUCUUUUUUUUCCCCUCAGAAUUGCACUUUAUAACACAGUUGCAAGUUUAUAACUUUAUUUCUCGUAAUCGUGAGUUUAUAUCUCAGAGUACUGACAUUAUAACUCGCAAUUUUGAGAAAAGAAGUCAAGACUUGAGAGAUAAAAAGUCGCAAUUACAUAUUUUAUAUUUAGUGGCGGAAACAAGCUUCCAUAGUGGGAGGCUUAAUGGUCGUGAUGUUGAAGUCAUGUGACCGUGGUGUAGUUCAUUUAUAGCCUAACUUUAGCUUUUUACUUCUGACGAUUGUAUUUAGGCUUCAAAAUUCAUAAAAAUGAAGCAGGGUGAUGCAAAGUUAUGAGUUGGCUACAAAUAUACGGCAUCACUGCAGCACUCUGUAAUUUAUAUUAUAUUAAUAAUCAAUCCUAUUAAUUCAGUAUGGAUACAUUUUUCCUCACUCUGAGAAACGUCACAUUACUUGUUUGUGAACGCUCUUUCAUAUUGACUCGGUCAUCCCUAACUUGAAGGCUGCACCAGAACACAGACUUUGGAUUUUUUAGUACACGAUUGUUUUCAUCCCAUAGUGUAAAACACAUUAUUAGAAGCAUAUUUCAGUAGUUUGAUUUAAAAUGUGCAAUUACUGACUUAUUUUUUGAUGAUCUUGCUAAUUGUAUAAAAUCCUGCUAAAGGAAAUUCGACUUGAGUUUGGGUUUCAGAAUUCAAGAUGGUAGAAUGACGCAUGAAGAAGGUUUGUUUACUUUUUGGAACUCGAUACCUGGAGCACCAGCCUGACCUUUGGGGACGGCCUGUAAUUUUAUUCAUUGUUACUUUAAAUACACGUGAAGGGAUUCUAGUUAAUAAUUUAUUAUUGUGUCCUUGUGUGCUGGACCAAAUUUGUUUGAUCAACAUUUUCUUGUUGACCAGAUUAUCAGCUGAAUCAUUUAGAGAACUUACAUUUGAAAUUAUUUUAGUUCCGGUUUGUACACUUUGAGGGAUAAUACGACAAGUUUGAUAAUGAGUUGCUGUUGUAAUAUUUACUCCAUAAAUCUAUUUCUCUACAUACAUACAUACAUAAGUGUUUAAAAAAGCAACAAAUUCAAAAAUAUACAUUUAAAUUGAAAGGCAGAGAUUUUCCAUAAAAAAAAAAAAAAAAAAAAAAAAAAAAAUUGCCUAUCAAAGUUGUGUCCUUGCUUUGCGUCAACUGUGUCAGGAUUUUUUAUAAUUCUGAAUAAAUCAAGCAAUGUCACGGUCAUCUUUAACUCUGAGGAGCACUUACUAUUUCCUGCUCAUUGUGGAUCUCACAGUAGGACACAUAGUCCUGGAAUUUUUAUAGUUUUUAUGUUUUAUACAAACUAUGUUGAAGUUUCUGCAGGCAUAGCUUUAACAUGUCAACUCCGUCAUCCCGGUGUAAUAGUUUCUGUAAAUAGUUGUGGGAUAAAUCUUGGCAUUUUUGAUGUUUGUUAA